AUGGCCGUUGCGGGCGUUCAACAUGAAUUCCUGAGCAGCCCCGCCGGGAAUGCCGCACAUUCUUACCAGUUACUGGACUCGCAGUCACCCGAGGUCGGAACAUCUGAACGGCGCCAGCAUCCCUCUGUCAGCAGCAGCGGCGGAGGGCGGGCGGCCAGCACGACGGGCGCCGGGAGCGACGGCGCGGAGUCGAUUGCGGAGUGGAAGCGGCGAUCAGCGGAAGCGGGCGCGCACUUCUUCCCCCUGCAGCGCGCCGAGGACGCCCCCAGCAGCCUGAGGGACGAGCUGCGCCGCCGGAUUCUCGCGUCCAGAGGCGUUGGGGGCGGCUUGAGGGGCAAAGGAGAGGCAGGCAAGGCAUCGGAAACAACGUGGUUUCCGCUGCCAAUGAAGGAGUACGACAGCACGCUGGUCUCAACGGCCAACGGCACAAUGGGCAACACCAUGGUCAACUACAGCACCUUCGCCGGCGGCAACGACAAGAUCCGCCUCCCGUAUGCAUGCGCCAGCGUCGUGCACGUGUACCCGUACUACGUGAAUCUCAAGCUGGGGUCGCAGAAGCAGGAGUUCAGCAUGGCGCUCAACCUGUUCCUGCCGCACACCUUUGUGCCCUGCAACUGUCUGCAAUGCGGCUCCAUGCGCAAGGGGGUGCGUGGGGUUCCGCCCUCCCCACACUCCUCCCGCGCGGGGGAGUGCGGAGCUCGAAUGAGAACCACCUACAGCAAGCCCUUCAGCACGCUUUCCUCCUCGACCCUUGAGUACAUCUCCUGCGCCGACCAGCGCUGCCAGAAGGGUGUUGAAUCCGGCUACUACGGCUGCAACACGGAGGGGCUGGCCAACUACCUCAACCUCACGGGCGUACUGCCUGGGGACGACGCUCUCUGCGUGUAUGAUGCGAAUGCAGGAAACUACGACUACUAUGAAGCGGGCUGGGAAGCUGUUGAGAACGGAACAGGAUCGUACCUUGAGUCAGUGGGGCAUGUGGUGCAGGACACGGUCUACCUCACUGCACCUGACGGUACCGAAGUCAACCGCUCCAUCAUUCUUGGCUGUGGAGUGAAUCAGAUGGGUCACUGGGGCAUGCAGGGGUGGCAGUACGGCUCGUGGUCAGCAGGAGGCGUGCUGGGGUUGGGGUGGAACAGCCCCUUCCUCUAUCAGCUCACCUCUGCCGAAACCCCAGUGUCCUUCGCGGUGUGUUUGGAGGAGCCGACACCGACGAACAAGACGGGGUGGGAUGGCAAGGUGCCGCUGCAGACAGGCAGCAGCCAUCUCGUCAUUGGUGCUUUCGGCCUCACUAAAGGCGCCGCCAACUACACCUACAUGUAA